AUGGCAUCAUGUGCCAGUUCACCUCAGGAUCUAAACAUUAAAACAAAUCCUUUGGGAAAUGUCAAAACUGAGCAUGGGAGUCAGUGUGCAGCGCAGGGGAAUACUGAAUUUAAGAUGGAAUUAUCUCCUUGUUACUUGCUCGCUGUAAGAAUAAUACGAAUGAGAAAUCUCCGUCGGGCAGAUACACUAAGCCAUUCUGAUUGCUACGUCAACCUGUCGUUGCCAACAGCUACAUGUGAAAAGAUCCAGACCAAAACUGUCAACGACUGCAGAAACCCAGUGUGGAAUGAAACAUUCUACUUCAGGAUCCAGAGUCAGAUCAAGAACGUGCUGGAGCUGAGUGUCUACGAUGAGGAUGUCGUUACCCAGGACGAUCACCUCUUCACUGUGUACUUCGAUGUAGCUAAACUUCCACUUGGAGAAAGAGUUCUCAUAUACUUUAAGACUGACCCAAAGGCACAGGAGGAACUAGAGGUAGAAUUUACCUUGGAGAGCAUUUCAGGCCCUCCUGAAGCCAUCAUAACUAAUGGAGCACUAGUGUCUCGUGCACUUUGCUGUUUGGAAGUUCAGGUGGAUGAGAAGAAGCAGCAGAAAUCAAGGAAAGACCUCUCCCUCACGGUGAAAGGUUCCUAUGAAGGAACACAGGAUCUUACACUGGGCCCUGAUGCUAUCAUUAGCCCUUCAUUUCCAACCAAGUUCCACUAUGUCAAGUAUAUGGAGCCAACACUGAAUGUUAUGCUACCGAAGAAGAAGCGUUACAAUGCUCGUACCUGUACCUACACUAUAAACACAGGCCCCCCAGUUGUGAUGCUGAAUUCGCUCCCCAUGGGAGAGAGAGUAACAGUAGCAGAGGAGAAAAGAUUUGAUUUGCAUGUGAAGGCAGAAGACUGUCAUUGUUCCUGUCCACAAGACCUAGAUGUGCGCAUAGGGUAUGACCUGUGUGCAGAGGAGAAGGAUUUCCUGUGCAAAAGAAAGAAGUAUGUUGCUGCUGCCCUGAAAAACGUUCUCCAGCUAGAAGAGGACCUGCAGGACCAUGAGAUUCCAGUGGUGGCCAUCAUGACAACAGGUGGUGGAAUGAGAUCAUUUACAACAACAUAUGGCAGUCUAUUGGGUCUCAAGAAAUUAAAUGUCUUAGACUGUGCAACAUACCUGAGUGGUUUGUCUGGCACGACGUGGACCAUGUCACGCUUGUAUAAAGAUGCUUAUUGGUCACAGAAGGAUCUAGAUGAGAAAAUCCGUGAAGCCCAGAAAUGUGCGACCAAAUGCAAGAUGAGUUGUUUCUCUAUGGAGCGCAUGAAAUAUUUUAACCAGCAGCUGUGUCAGCGUAAACAAGAGGGAUACAGGACAUCGUUUAUAGAUCUGUGGGGGCUGAUCAUUGAAUAUAUGCUGCAUGAUGGGAAAGAGAACCAUAAACUCUCGGACCAGCGGGAAGCGGUGAAAGAGGGUCAGAAUCCAUUGCCCAUCUAUGUGGCAGUCAAUGUCCGGGACAAAUAUAGCACUCUAGAUUUCAAAGAAUGGGUUGAGUUCACUCCUUAUGAGGUGGGAUUCCUGAAAUAUGGAGCAUUUGUUCGCACGGAGGAUUUCGGAAGCGAGUUCUUUAAUGGACGUCUGUUAAGGAGGCUCCCCGAAACCCGGAUCUGUUACCUUCAUGGCAUGUGGAGCAGUGUAUUUUCUCUGAACCUGUUAUACAUCUGGAGUUUGUCCAACAGUUCAGAGGACUUCUGGCACAGGUGGACUCGAGACAGAAUAGUUGAUAUUGAGGAAGAGCCUAUGCUGCCUACGAGGCCACAUGAGGUGAAAACUCACAUGCUCACUCCUGAAGGCCCUUUUUCCAGUGCUCUUCGAGAUGCUUUAACAGAUCGUCUGUCAGUUGCUCAAUAUCACAAUUUCCUCAAGGGCUUCCAGGUGCAUAAUGACUACCUGGGGAAUGAGAAGUUUUGUAGAUGGAAAGAUACUGUGUUAGACAUGUCUCCCAACCAGCUGAGCGAGCAACCAGAUCUCCUUGGCAUGGUAGAUGCUGGAUUUUUCAUCAAUACCAGCUGCCCACCACUUUUAAGGCUAGAGAGGAAAGUGGAUGUCAUCCUGCAUUUAAGUUACAGUGCAGGAUCGCAGACAUUGCCUCUGGACCAGGCCUGUAAAUACUAUGCAGAUCAGAAAAUCCCAUUCCCCAAAGUUUUCCUGAGUGAGGAAGAUAGGAAAAAUCUAAAGGAGUGUUACCUGUUUCAAGAUUCAGAAACCCCAGGAAGCCCCAUCGUGGUAUUUUUCCCACUUGUGAAUGACACCUUCCAAUAUUAUAAAGCACCUGGUAUGAAGCGCUGCUGCUCAGAGAUGGAGGGGGGCAAAGUUGAUGUUACUAGUUGCACUUCCCCAUAUAAUACAUUCUCAGUGAGAUACACUGAUGAGAAUUACCACCAGCUGGUAAAUCUAAGUGAAUACAACAUCCUGAAUAACGCACACCUGAUUCUGCAGGCCUUGCGUACGGCAGUGGAACAGAAAAGGCAACAUAAAAAGUAG